UUUUUUUACAUAUGAGCGCCAGUCCGCCCUUCGGGACUCCAUCGGGACUAAGAAGUGCGAAGACGGCACGGGAAGCCCCGUGUUAGCCAGAGGAGCGAUGGUUUGGCCAAAAUAAGCCCGACUUUCUGUCGCCAGAGAGGGAAACUUAAAACAAGUCCUGGUUUUCGGGAGUCCCACCGCCCCUCCGCUCUCCCCGUAGGAUUUGAUUCAAAGGCGAAUCCAAGAUGGCUGCUGAUUCCGUGCAGGGGGAUGCCAGGGCCCAACUGGUGGCAGAGCGACUCGGUCUUGGACAGAACCUUGACCUGUCUGACACCAUGGUCCAGCAGAAGCUGGAGGAGAUCAAGGAGCAGAUCCGCCGUGAGAUCCGGAAGGAGUUAAAGAUCAAAGAGGGGGCAGAGAACCUGCGCAAGGUCACCACAGACAAGAAGAGCCUGGCUUAUGUGGACAAUAUGCUAAAGAAAUCUAACAAGAAGGUGGAAGAGCUUCACCAGGAACUACAAGAACUAAAUGCUCACAUUGUGGUCAAAGAUCCAGAAGAACUUUCAGAGCGAGCCAUCGCCAGACACGAGGUGCGGGAGAUCGAGCAGCGGCACACUCAGGACGGCCUGAGGGAGCGCGGGCCGGCCGCCGCGCUGUCCGACAGCGACGACGACCUGGUGAUCAUCUACAACCGCGUGCCCAAGACCGCCAGCACCUCCUUCACCAACAUCGCCUACGACCUGUGUGGGAAGAACCGCUACCACGUGCUGCACAUCAACACCACCAAAAACAACCCCGUGAUGUCCAUACAGGACCAGGUGCGGUUUGUAAAGAACGUGACAGAAUGGAGGGAAAUGAAGCCGGCGUUUUACCACGGCCACGUCUCCUUCCUGGAUUUCACCAAGUUUGGAGUGAAGAGGAAGCCCGUCUACAUAAACCUGAUCAGGGACCCCAUCGAGAGGCUGGUGUCUUAUUAUUACUUUCUGCGUUUUGGGGACGACUACCGACCAGGCCUGAGACGCAGGAAGCAAGGAGAUAAGAAGACCUUUGAUGAGUGUGUAUCAGCCGGCGGAUCGGACUGCGCUCCUGAGAGACUUUGGCUCCAGAUCCCCUUUUUCUGUGGUCACUAUUCUGAAUGUUGGAACGUGGGCAGCCAGUGGGCUCUGGAGCAGGCCAAGUACAACCUGGUGAACGAGUACAUGCUGGUGGGAGUAACGGAAGAGCUGGAGGACUUUGUGAUGAUGCUGGAGGCCGCGCUGCCACGUUUCUUCAGAGGAGCCACCGAGCUCUAUAAAACAGGUAAGAAAUCCCACUUAAGGAGGACCAGUGAGAAAAAGCCACCCACCAAGGAAUCCGUGGCCAAGCUGCAGCAGUCAGACAUCUGGAAGAUGGAGAACGAGUUCUAUGAGUUCGCACUGGAGCAGUUCCAGUUCGUCAGGGCCCAUGCUGUCAGAGAAAAAGACGGGGAACUCUACAUGCUGGCUCAAAACUUCUUCUACGAAAAGAUCUAUCCCAAAAACUAAAACGGGCUCUCUCACCAGAACAGGUGGGGGCAGAAUUAGACACUUUCUGGGGAGAAGACGUGGAAAGAUGGCGGGCGGUGAGAGGCAAGGACUUGCUGCUGUCGGUUUGCAGGUUUUGUGACGGAGGACCCGAUGCGGCGCCGCUACGUAAUCCUUAUGCCGACUGUUGUUAUCCAUCACCGGCUCAGUCAGCUGGACGGGCAGCUUGUGUUUCAUCCGCAGGUUGUUCUUAGCAGAUCCUCCACUCUGUUUUCCUUCCACAACAAAGGCCGCCUGUGCCGAGGAGCCCCGGCCGGCAUGUGUGCACAGACGACCCGGCCCGCUGUGGAUCAGGUGUGAACCUGGCUGCUUCUUUAACCUGGAGCAAAAGAAAACACUGGCUCUGUACUGUUUGAUCGUGUUUGGUUGUAUUUUAGCUCUUUAAUAUGAAUACUGUUCACAUGUGAGGACUGACAUUUGUCCCGGUGAAAGGCCUCACCUCCGCGACUAACAUAAAGAGACUGAAACUGUAAAAAGGUGACUACCGGCUUGGACCUAAAAAAAAAAAACAUUUGCCGUUUUUUGGGAGGGGAUCUGCUUGUAGACUUUUUACUGGGGAAAGUGUGUGUGUGUGUGUUUUCUAUUUUACUUGAUGUGUGACUUGUAAAUGAAGGGUGCUUUUACACUUGAUGUUAUUGGUGGGUUAGAUGCUGCUUCUCUAAACAUUUUAAGUCCCUUUUUUCCUUUUCAAGCAGUGGCUCAUGUAUUUUGUAGCGAUGCACCGAUCAGCAGCUUGUGGCCGAUUUAUGUUCAUUGAUUUUUCUAAAGAUUUGACCCGUUGACACCGAUUUUGGCUGACUUUCUUUACAGACUAUUUUGAACCCUACUUGCUGAUAGCAGGAUGCCUGGAAAGGUGAUCGAUUAUUUAUGUUUAGAGCAGAGGUGACAUCACACUGUGUGUGAGAGAGCAGUCGCUGUAAAACAGGGUUUUGCCAAUUACAAAGACAAAAGAAUUCUGGAGGUGAAAUCCAAA